AUGGCACGUAUCGCCGCCACUGGUGAAUACGAAGAGGUGAAGACGAGCUUGCCCACCGACUCCAAAAACCUGCCGUCCUUGAUAAUCGACGCGACUCAAGAGCAACAGCGAGGAGUCGUCGGGUAA